AAAGGGUUAAAGUGAUCAGCUGUUUUAUCUGCAGUGUCUAACACACCUUCAUCCAUCAGUCUGUUCAUCAUCCGUCAGCUCACAUCUGGUCUCACCAAUCAGGGCCAACCAGGUCCAAUCAGGGCCAACCAGGUCCAAUCAGGGUCAACCAUGUCCAAUCAGGUCUGACCAGGUCCAAUCAGGUCUAAUCAGGGCUAACCAGGUCCAAUCAGGGCCAACCAGGUCCAGUCAGGGCCAACCAGGUCUGACCAGGUCUGACCAGGUCCAAUCAGGGCCAACCAGGUCCAGUCAGGUCCAAUCAGGGCCAACCAUGUCCAAUCCGGUCUGACCAGGUCCAAUCAUGUCUGACCAUGUCCAAUCAGGUCUAAUCAGGGCUAACCAGGUCCAAUCAGGUCUAAUCAGGGCCAACCAGGUCCAGUCAGGUCCAAUCAGGUCCAAGCAGGUCCAAUCAGGGCUAACCAUGUCCAAUCAGGUCCGACCAUGUCCAAUCAAGUCUGACCAGGUCCAAUCAGGUCUAAUCAGGGCCAACCAGGACCAGUCGGGUCCAAUCAGGUCCAACCAGGUCCAAUCAGGGCUAACCAUGUCCAAUCAGGUCCAAUCAGGGCUAACCAUGUCCAAUCAGGUCCGACCAUGUCCAAUCAGGGCUAACCAUGUCCAAUCAGGUCUAAUCAGGGCCAACCAGGACCAGUCAGGUCCAAUCAGGUCUGACCAUGUCCAAUCAGGUCCGACCAUGUCCAAUCAGGUCCAACCAGGUCCAAUCAGGGCUAACCAUGUCCAAUCAGGUCCGACCAUGUCCAAUCAGGUCCAACCAGGUCCAAUCAGGUCUAAUCAGGGCCAACCAGGACCAGUCAGGUCCAAUCAGGGCUAACCAUGUCCAAUCAGGUCCAAAGUCAAAAAGCUUUCACUGAACUUCAACAUCGAGAGUCAAAGUCUAGACUUGGGGCAUCAGUAGCUUCUUGCCAGCGCCCCAUGUAUAGAGGUGAUGCCUCGCUGCGGCGGUUGUGAGUUCGAUUCUGGCGUGCAACCCUUUGCUACAUGUCGCCCCCCCCCCCAUAUUAUAUAUUAUUAAUAUCAUAAAUCUACUGAUCAACAUUAUUUAUAUAUCAUUAAUAUUAUGUCAUAAAUACUGUUCUGUGUGGUUUCAUCAUUCUCUAAUGUCGUUAACUAACGAUAUGAUAAUUAUCCUAUCAUGAUGAUGACACGACCAUCACAAUGUCAUAAUGAUGUCAUAAUGAUAAUCAUUUAAUAACUGAUUCAUUCUCUC